AUGCCCAGCCGCAAUGAUGCAGCUCCCCCGUGGGUGCCGCCGACCUGGUCCCCUGAGCCGUCCAUGGGCGUGUUGCCGGUCAUCACCAACCCAGAAGACUAUCCCGAUCGCGCGCCCAGAAGCAACGCUGCAACGGCAGCCUCAGCAGCCGGUGUCCGGGCCUUGAGCGCCCAGCUCGUCGCCUUUUACUUUCGUGCCCCGGCAAAGGCCUUCUUUCGGACCCGCGUCGACUACCUGGCGUAUGCGCGGACCGUCCACCACCAGCAGCUCAAGAGCAUGUUGGACGCCGUCGCCAAAGAUGGUUCGGCUUCGAGAAUGAGGGUGUUUCUACAGCAUACCUGGAUUUGGAUGAGGAGCACGACCCCAGGGGUGCUCACGUCGGCCAUCAAACAGCAGGGAUGGAGCGUCAUCCCGCACCAGAUUCUUCCGCCUCUCAUUGCCAACGUCGGCGUCGGCGCCGUCCUGUACACUAGUUAUUUACAUAUCCUCGGGCACUUGCACGAGGAGAGCGCAAAGGCCACCAAGCGCGUCUACCCGCCGCCGUCGCCAACGCACACAUUCACAGCAGGCUUCCUCGCCGGCGGCCUCCAGAGCGUUGUCGCGGCACCCCUGGAUGCGCUCCAAGCGCGGUACGACCACCACGACUUGAUGCCCAGCGACGGCAGUAGCCGGCCACGAAGCAUGUGGACCUUUGGCGCGGAGAAACUGCGAGAGAUUGGCCUCCGGGGCAUCUUUGCCGGCUGGGGACUCUCGUUUGCAAAGGACAGCCUGGGCAGCGCCGUCUUCUUCAGCAUGUUCGAGUACGUCAAGGCGCAGGGGUACUACCGCUUCGUGACGUGGUACUACGGCGGAUUGGGCCAGGACAUUGUCGACUUUCUCGCCAUGAAGCGGCCGUCGCGGCAGGACGGGGACAGCCAAGUCACCGUCAUCCGACCGCACUACGCAAUAGAGCCCAUGUUUCUGUUCAUUGCCGGGUUCAGCGCGUCGUUUUCGCAGCAGCUCCUCCUCCACCCCCUGACGCACUUCCAGGUCAAACACUGGGACCACUUGGAGGACCUGGAUGAAAAGGCCGCCAGGUAUAGGGCCGCGAGGGCGGCAAACCCAGACAGGCCCCGGCGGCCGUGGAGGAUGCUUCGAGCCUACUAUCACGCGUACCAGGAGACGUGGGCUGGGUGCACGGCUGAGGCAGCUGCUGAGGGACAGGGCCUGGCGAGGUGGUUGUACCGUGGCUUUUGGUGGAACACGAUUAGACAGGUUCCGAGCACGAGUGCAGGGUUGAUUAUUUUCGAAUUGAUACGGCGCAAGUAUGGAUAUGGGGCGGAUGAAGUCCGCAUUACAAAGGACGGCUACGACAUCUUGCUAAAUUAG